AUGUAUGAUGAUGCAAUAAGUGAGCAUAAAGAAGAAAGAUCAAUGAAAAAUAUUAAAAUAAUUGGUGUACAAAAUCAAAAUUUAAAAUCAAUAAAUGAUUAUUUAGAUGCAUUAAAAAUAAUUACUUCAAUAGAAUCUUUUCAUCCAUAUCUUCAAGAAAAUAUUAUACCAGUAAUUGCUAAUUGGCCAGGACAAUAUUUUAUUCGAAAAAUUUUAACACAUUAUUAUAAAAAAGUUGAUAUAGAAUAUUUUAAUUCUUUAAUAGUUCCUGAUAAUAUUAGUAAUUUUAUUCCAAUUAUUGAAUCUCUUCAUAUUUCUUUAAAUUUUGAGAACAA